AUGUCGGCAGGGUCCUCUCGGACUCGGCAAGCGGCAUCCGCCGCUGGUGGAGUGCGCCGCAUGCGUUGGACAAGAGAUAUGAACGCAAACGCAUUGCGGGCGUACUAUAGGGCGAAAGGGGAAGAAACUAAGGGGAUAGCGUAUCGGGCUCAGAUGCACUGCUUUUUUGCUGAGCUGGAGCCGUCUAUUCCCGUCACGGAACAAAACCUGGCAGACCGAGUUCGGUACAUCAUGCGCUCGAAAAUAUAUUAUGGUAUAUUUGAUGAUGCCGAGCUCGAACGACUACGACGUGAGGCCAUUCCCUCAUCGAAUGAAUUGGCUACGGCUGGGGAUGCGGCUCCUCAGGCGACAGACCAGCUGCCACGCGUAGAAGCCGCCGUGGAUCUUCCAGCUGUGGUUAAUUCAGACGAUGAUGAAAUGGUCUCCCACGAACUAGAGCAAAUGAGGAGUAUACUGGAAGAUGCGAUUUUGGAAACGCGCACCAUGCCUCUCGAAAAUCGACCGCGACUUCCCCACAUACCCCUAAGCAAGCGAAAUCGGGCUGUCGUGAGGGCUCUUAACCCUAUGCUGGUAACCUAUUUGAAAGCCAGCCGGGACCUUUGCGAGACGGACUCAGUUCUUUUUUGGCGCCGCAGUGGCAGCUUGCCGUAUUAUUGGCGCCAAACUUCCCCUGGCUGGACGUGCUACUAA